CAAUCACAACAAGCAGACGUUAGCUAAAUGGCCACAAAACGAAGAUUUGCAUCCCUCGAGGACGAAGAUAGGGAAAAUCUAUUAGAAAAUGUGGAUGCAAAAAAUACUAAGAGGCAAACCAACACAGCUCUUAAUAGUUUUCGUGAAUAUUUUACGGAGAAGAGCCUACCACUCGACUUUGAAUCUUAUGAAGAUGAACAAUUGGACGACGUUUUGGCUAAAUUUUAUAUGGAAAUGCGCAACAAAAAUGGUGAUAUGUACAAAAAGUCAACCAUGCAGUCGUACCGUCAAGGUUUGCAACGUCACUUGUCCAAAACAAGGGAUAUUGACAUACUCAAAGGUGACAAUUUCAAGAAGUCAAAAAAAGCAUAUCAAUGUACCGGUAUGACAAAGGAGCUAAAAAGACUUGGUCUGGCAGCUGUGGAGCACUAUCCAGCAAUUGCUGAUGUUGAUAUGGAAAAGAUGUACAUGUUUUUCUGUACAGAUUUGGAAAGUCCAAAAAUGCUCCAGUACAAGGUAUUUGUGGACAUAAUGAUUCAUUUCGGUCGUAGAGGCAGGGAGAACCUGGCUACCUUGACAAGACAGGACUUUGCAGUUCAACCAGAUCCAGAGGGUACACUUUAUGUUUAUAAAACCCAUGAUGAACUAACAAAAAAUCAUCAGACAGAUAGUGAAAAGUCUUCUGAUGGUAGGAUGUAUGAAAUCAAAGAUGGCUUUAAAGCAGUGGGUGUUUUAACAGGUAUUAUUUCAAAGCUACAGAUGUUUGGAUUAUCUGGGGAAAAUGUAGAUCAGUUAAACAAUCUAAUGGCAUCCUUAAAUCAACACUUAAAGUUUGAAAUUAAAGGACACUUAAAAAUGAAAUCACCAUGCAUAGAUCAUUGCACAGUAAACAGUUUGAGUGACCCUAAAUAUGAUGUCUUCCAAAAGAAAUGUGAGCAUAGUACAGGUUGUGAAGAAUGUGAAGUAGUGGAAAAAGCACUUAAUGUAGUACAAAUACCAUUUAUGAGAAAGAAAUCUUUCAUACCAGGCUCGGUUCAUAACAAAUAUAAAAAAGAAAACUCAGAUGUAACAACAGAAACUGAAGAUUUUCCGAGAACAACUGUUAUAACAGAAACUGAAGAUAAUUCAGAGGAUGAACCUUUAUUUGCAUUCCUGAGGAAAACUGUUUAA